UUCUAUUCUAUUCUAUUCUACAGACUGCACAGGGUCAGAGCAGAUGUUUUGGAGCAGCAAGCACCUGAAGGACAACGCUAAGGACAGUCAAGCUUCUGAGGAGAUGGAGAGAGACGAGGAGCUGCAAAGAUUGUUUCAGAGGUUACGCGUAUUUACACACAGCAGAGCAGACAGACUGAGGAGCCGUGAUGAAAGGCAAAGAUUGACAAAGCUGGCAAUGAGAAGCUGCACAGAUGAAGUUGUCCUGCAGUGGCUGAGAAAAAACUCAGAGUCUGACGCCUUCAGCAAACUCACAGACAUGUUUGACUUCCUGAAGAAACGCAUUGAUGAGGAGGAGAAGAAGAACCACAGCGACGAUGUUCACAUCACCUUCGUGGCUCAUGGAUCAAUCAGAGACUUCAUGAUCCCAGCCAGCUGUUACCUGCCUCUGCCCACCAUCACUGACGUGCUCCUGUAUUCUCCCUGGAACUGCGUCAGUGCUGGUUUAGUGUACGGUAUCGCUACAGGAAAACUGAGGCCUCAGCACAGAGUUUUUUACUGUGACGAUAAAAAAAGCUGUAUGAUUCCUGAUGACAAACAUCGACCUGUGAACCUGCCAGAUCACUGGAACUCACUGAAGAAAGCUGGAGCACAGAUGGUCCCAAACAUCACGGUUAGCCCUCUUCGAGAUGAUGAUGGAGUGUGGAAACACUUUGAGUCUCUCUCAGCUAAACACGGCCCACCAGGAAGGAACCGCAUCGUCAUCCCGUUCAUCCUCCCAGGACGGGAAUAUGAAAGCAUCCCGUUCUCUGUGGUGACCUUGGCUCUGUCCCUGGUGCUCCUCUCCUCCAGGCUUAAAGCCACUCUUCACUUCUCUGGUUGUCUCAGUGAUCACUCUACUGGACCGAAAUUUGACAGGAAGUAUCUUCAGGAGCAGUACGCCUGCACCAUCGACAACAGCUGGAUGACACAUUCACCUGAAGCUUUCAAUGAUGAUACAUGCUGCUUGUGUUAG